AAACACAAGAAAACAAAACACAUGCGUUUUGCAAAGCUGAACUGGCCAAGAGGGACAGACACGUGAUCUUCGUAGGAUCUGUUUCACUUCCUUCAUCUUCAUUCCUUACAUUCUCUCUUUCAGAUUCAACCCAUUCCUUCUCAAUUUUGGGUUUAGAUCUCUCUCAACCAUGUUCAUCUUUGAUUGGUUCUAUGGCAUUCUUGCUUCCCUUGGUCUCUGGCAAAAAGAAGCCAAGAUUCUUUUCCUUGGUCUUGAUAAUGCUGGAAAAACUACCCUUUUGCAUAUGCUCAAGGAUGAGAGAUUAGUUCAACACCAACCGACCCAACAUCCUACUUCGGAGGAAUUGAGUAUUGGGAAGAUCAAGUUUAAAGCUUUUGAUUUGGGUGGUCAUCAAAUUGCUAGAAGAGUCUGGAAAGAUUAUUAUGCUAAGGUUGACGCUGUAGUUUACCUGGUCGAUGCUUACGACAAAGAGAGGUUCGCAGAAUCUAAGAAGGAGCUUGAUGCCUUACUCUCAGAUGAAUCCUUGGCAAAUGUUCCAUUUCUUAUUCUAGGAAACAAGAUUGACAUCCCAUAUGCAGCUUCAGAAGAUGAGCUACGAUACCAUCUCGGCUUAACCAAUUUCACCACAGGCAAAGGAAGGGUCAAUCUUACAGACUCCAACGUUCGACCUCUUGAAGUGUUCAUGUGCAGCAUUGUCCGCAAGAUGGGAUAUGGUGAAGGCUUCCAGUGGCUUUCACAAUAUAUCAAGUAGAGUCCAAUCCGUUCACCGGUCAACUAGGCACUGUCGUCUGCAGUUAAAUCACAAGUUAUUUACCUUUGUUUUUGCUUUCGAUCGGAUUAUUUGAUACAACUGCAGUAAUAUUAUAUGAUAAGAUUUGUAUCUUUAGAUAUUUUUUUUGGGUGGAAUUUGUCGUUUAAAAUACUUGAUUCUGUUGUAGGAUGGCAUUACUUGGCAGAAACUUAAAUAAUUUUGAAGAAUCUUAAUACAGUUUUUCCUCUUAGAUA